AUGUUCCGAGUAGCGGAUCCUCGACAUAAACCUCGCGCUUUACAAACCCGACGACAAGCUCUUGCCAAACUGUUCGCGACGUUGCAGCGUGUCUUGCUCAAUCCGUUGAACCAGAACUGCCCCGUGUUGAGGCAACAAGUUGCACCGGAAAUGAUCAUGUUCAUCACAAACAGAGAAAGCGCAAACAAUCACGAGUCUCUCAAAUCUCCAACUUUUGACCAGCCUCUAGCGAAAACCUUCUCCGAGACCUACAUGUUCGAGGUCGACGAUGAGGAUGCAGCAGACAAACAGUUCGGUCACUCUAGUACCAUGACUGCACUAAGUUUCGAUGACCCGAACAAAGGACCCUAUGUGGAAGAAGAUUCCGUCGCCAGCACGGACAAUGUGGUGGCUGGACAACUUGUCUGCUGUGCGAUGUGCGCCUUACACAACAUGCAGUCGGACGAGCAAAUUUUUGCGUGCUGGCGAGCCGAGACCGUAGUCAGUCGGUUUACAAGAAGGCAAGAUGAAGAAGGAGACGAGAAGAAUACUACCAUUGGUAAGCGCCAUACAUCGAUAAAAUUGAAGGCCAGCAGUACAGACGCACGUGAGUCUGCGGCAAGUUCGCACGGCGAAUUGUCACCGUCAGAAUUACGUGGUAGUCGUGCUUUUGAGAAUGGGGAGGCUGUUGGGAUCGAGCACGAUGGAACCCCAAAAGAGCCUUUCCCAGGAUCUCCAUGUACUCCAUGUACCCCAGGAGACCCGACCUCGGUGUUUUCGAACGCUCCAUUCGUACAAGAGAUCGAUCACGAGAUGUUGGACAAUCGGCGACUGUCCUCGUCUUUAGAAGGCCCCCACACCGCAACAAUUCAUGUAUCGCAGCGCCCUGAUGUUGCGAACAUUUGCUGGAUGCCACGUCGCUCAAUGCUGAACUUGGUUCGAAACAGAUUGCGAACGACCAAGCAUUGCACGGACAAUCUAUAG